AUGAAGCGCGGUUUUCUCAAAACUGCAAAGGCGAAGAAGACGGAGGGUAUAGGGCUCCCGCGAGUGCCACCCAAGGGAGAUGGCUCUCUCGCUCCACAACCUCACAUCAAGUUACCUUACGGGAAGCUUGCCAAGACCGGUAACGUAGCCUCUGUGAUUGACUUUGUGCAACCUAACAUUGUAACAGCGCGGCCCAUUGAGGGCUUUGUUUCUAAGAAGGUUUUCGGUCGCGAAGCCUCCGGAGACACCGUAGAUUACAGCGAAAACACGAUCGUAAUCACUACUCUCCCACGCGUGGAUUCGGACGCUACACAGGAUGAUGAACCUGACAAUUGGACGGAGUGUAUCUUGACUGGGCACAUCAAGCUUCGAAUCCUCAGCACCCCAGGAUUUCCGCGCCCGGUAGAGAAACCUGCAGGCGGAAAGGUAAAUCAUCGUGUUGGGCCUUCGCCGUUUGGUGGACUUGGGGUGUUCGCCACGCGUUCCGUCCGCACUGGAGACCUCAUUGUCGCCGAGAGGCCUCUCUUGAUUACACCACGCGGUUUUCAACAGGCGGCCGGGUCUGGCUCAAAGGGUCUUUCCAAGGAGGAGAUCAUCCAGGUUAUGUCGAGGGUCAAUCACAGCUGCUCCCCUAACACUGAUCAUCGCUUCAACAUGGCUUCCCUUUCCUUUGAGCUCCGAGCAGUUCGCGAUAUAAAAAAAGGAGAAGAGUUGUUCUAUUCGUACUGCGACAUCUAUCAAACCAAGAGCGAGCGUGCUGAGGAAUUAGCACCCUACGGCAUUGUGUGCGUAUGCCCUGGGUGCGUCGGAGCAACCAAGGAAACGGACUCGUUACGCUCGGAGCUCGCAAAACGCGUCGGAAAAAUACAAGUUGGGCACCUCGUUUGGCUGAAGGAUCAAUCACGCCCCAACGUACUCGCAGCCUCCCUCAAGCUGAUAGCGGAGAUUGAAAAAGAAGGUCUUCACAGUGCUCCGCUGGCCUUGCUACUAGGGAUAGUUGCGAAUUUCUAUUCGGCGUCUGGCAACACGAAUAGCGCGAUGAAGUACUCAGAUCAGCUCGACAACCUUUGCAGGGCAUCUACUCUGGGGCGCUCACUGGAAUCUAACGGUUUGACAGUGGGCAAAGCACUCAUUUGA